GUAACGGGUUAGUGUCUGUCUCCCCUCUACACCUCCUCAUCUCAUCCCUUCACCCCCCUUCAUCUCCAAGGGCUAUAUAUUGGAGGUUGUGACUCGUCUGCAUCUUAAGCAUCACUCGCACCCGCAGACUCACAAACGCAGACGUAUCUGGUUCAUUUUGAGCGGCAGCGCAGACGAAGAGCAGACUAACAAUGAGGUCCUUACUGAAGCUCGUUGUAAUUCUUUUCUGUGUCCAGAGGGGAGAGGGCCAUUGGCUCAGAUCACUCAUUGAUCAGACACAAGAAACAGCGUCUGCACACGUGUCUCCAGAUGAGGACCAGAGAAGCAGAUAUCCAGCUGUAGAAGACAGCCAAACAGAAGCUUCUGGGGGUGAGUCAUCUAUCAGCCCCAUCGUCCCAAUCCCAGUCCGGUCACGUCGCUCGACUCUCGACUCCCAGUGUGGCCUGCGCUCAAUCCUGCUGCAGGUUCGAGACCUGGGGCUGGGCUACGACUCAGAUGAGACUGUCUUAUUCAAGUACUGCAGCGGGACGUGUCCCCACGUUCGCUCCAACCACGACCUCACCCUCACCAACCUGAUGCUCAGUGGAGUGCUCUCCCACCCAGCACCUGGGCAGCUGUGGCAUAAUUCCCCCUGCUGCAGGCCCACCCACCACGAGGACAUGGCCUUCCUCGAUAACUUGCACCGCUGGCACAAGGUGGAGAAGCUGUCAGCGGCAGGCUGCGGCUGUGUGGGCUAGACGGCUGUAGACGGUGAAAGACAGAGGUGAGAGGGAAGCAGUACAAGACAGUUUGUGAAGAAAGAGCUUUUCUGAAAGGACAAAUUUGCUGUCUCUAAUGACUGUAAAUGAAGAGGUUGAUUCCAAAAUGGAAUAGAAAAUUAAGCUACAUUUCUGUCAGUUUUGAGUUUGUGUUCAUUUUCAGUUGGAGUAAUGUGGCAAUAAGGGGAUUAGAAGUGAGCUCUUCAAAUGUAAAUACUUGACUCGAUCAUCUUAAAGGCUAAAAAUUGAACAUGAUUCUACAACAACCACUUGACUGUUUUGCUAAAUAGGCUUACGUGUAUUUAUAUAAAAUCUUUGUGUAAUUUGGGGGUUAAUAAUAAAGCCGAUACACACGAGGCUGCGUAGACACAUGUUGUGGUUCGCUGCUGAUUUAGGCUCUUUACAAAAAGAAUUUUGUGUCAACAGUUUAAGCAUGUAUUUAUGUAAAAUAAGUUAUUUAUUUAUUUGAUGCUGGGACUUUUUUUUGUCAUGCUAACUUAUUUUGUAAUGAGCACAUUUCUAUGUUCAUUGUGCGUACAGUCCCUGACAAAAAUAAACUUGUACAGAAC